AUGGCGAUGAAGGAGAUGGGUGUUGGCCGGGAUCUCUCGGGUGAAUGUCGAGAGGCAAUAUCGCUCUCCGGAACGGCGCACUGCGGUGACCUCGUCGUUGAGACGGAUACUGACUCCAGCACUGGACAACCUUUCUCGGAAGUAGUGCUUCAGGCAUCUUCGAGCUCACUUGCUGGUCUCCAAGAACGAAGGUCAACAGGCGAGCACUCCUUUGACUCGCGGCAGACGUCGCCGAAUAUUUCAGCGUCAACUUUGGACUCUUCCCCUUGCGUCCCUGUCAGCAAGGGCAUAGAUUGCUGUUUGACGGGGACAACGAGCUCCGGGUACUUCUGGUAG